GCGAAAAUUUUAUAUAUUUUUCAUCAUUGUUUCGGUCUGGGCUACCGUAUUAUAUGUUUAUAAUUUAUGAUCAGUUGUAAUUGUGAAACCAGCUUGAACGGUUCUUUUUUUUGAGUGAAUGUAUAUUGAAUUGGCGUUGGCGUUUAUGCUGCUAGUUUAAUUUGUAACAUUCUCAAAUAUAUUUAUCAACCUCUUAAUUCAAUAAAACUAACAAUGGUACUAGUUAAAUAUAUACGUUUUUGAAAUAUUUACAACGGCAAGCUGCAGUGGGUUGUUUCGAAUAAAUGUGAAAUCAAGAAGGGUACAUUUAGUGUGUGUUGAAUAUAAUUUGAUUCGAAAAAAUUUUGUUUAGGCAAAGAUACAAGUGGAAGUAAAUUAGUGAAAUGUUUAGUGUCUGAAGAAAGUGGAUCUCUGUAUUUCGAAGAUUAUCAUAGUAAUAAAGAAAAUAUUAUGUAUUUAUAUGUAAAAAUCAUUUGUUCAAGAAAGGUGUGUACAUAAAAAGCAAAGAAUAGACAAUAAGAUGUAUCACAAAAAGGCAAUCCAAAAGGGUUUAUGUAUACUGGUUAAGUGAAUGCGAUAGCGUUUUGUAUAUGAAUGCACGAGUGGGAUAGGAGACAACGCUCGAAAUACCACAAAACUGAAAGGAGCAGUAAAAGCAAAAGAACGGCGAUAUAAUAUACAAAUAUUUAAUAUAGUUCUGGUUGGAAAUCUUUCAAAAUGUUUUAUUUGUUAGUUGCGGCGAAUUAAUUUUGAACUGUGGCAAAAAAUGGCCACGUAUUUGAGUGAAGUUUUGUUGCCAAUGGCCAAUAGAAAUAUUUUUGUUUCGAUGAAUACAAUGACGAAAAAAUUUACUGUAAGUGUUUCUUCUUAUCAUUUAAUUUACUUUUAACGAUUUUUUUUUAACUAAGCAAAUAUAUGAUUGUUUGCUUUCAAUAGGUAUGAGGUUUAAUCAGUGUGCUGCUGUAAAAUGAGUGCAGCAAUAUUCUUUUAAUGCACAGUGCUUAUUUAAUUAAUGAAGAGUUGUCAUACAUAAGUUUAGCAAUAAGAUGAUUGUGGUUUAUUAACAACAUAUUCGAGUUGGCUUUACUGCUAACUGUGAUAUGUUAUACUAAAAUGCGGCGAUAAUUACCAAAGAGUUCUUCUGUCUGGCACAGUCAUACACAUAUACAUACAAUCGUUUAAGCGUAUCGGUAUAUUGUAUACCUACUUUUUUGCGUACAGAUACAUACUAAGUACUUAAAGGCAUUAUGUUUUGUUGUCACUGCCACUUCGCAGCAGUUUACGUUAUAGCCACGGUCGAUGAUGCAAUCAAAGGCAACAGAAAUUACAGCAAGAAGUAUUGAAUAAUAUUAUUUAGUAAUGACUGCUACAACGUCGGUAUGCACCAAUAACGAAAGAUAGAAGUUUUUAUGUGUGCAUAUUGCAGUUGCAAAGUUAUGUUUUUUUUUUAAUUUAAAAUUUUAUAGAAUGCACAGAGGGGUUUUACAAAUCUCAAAAGUGAAGACCAAACGACUAGAGAUUUCUUCCCAUUCUUUGAGAAUUGCUUCUUGAAGGCCGGUUUUGGAUGUUAUGUUGUGUUUGCGGAUAGCACGUUCCACAUUCGCCCAUGAGUGCUCAAUUGGAUUAGGAUCCGGGGGCUGUGGGGGCGUUCCUAAAACUUUUGAGAUGUUGUACAAUUGCCACAGCUUUGUAUUGUGAGCUACACUGGGCAGAAAAAGUCUGCGUAUAAGACAGUUAUAACUUGGAGUGAGUGGAAAGCGUUUUGCGAUAAUAUAUUUCAUAGCAAUUAGGACCAUCGAACGACAUUUAUUUCUUAUGCAUGGAGACCAGAGAGUAAGCUGACUAGCCAGUAGUUUGUAAUUGUCUGAACAGCCCAUAGAAAAAGAUCAAUAGCUAGAUUAAAAUGAACAUGGGAAUCGUGGGUAAAGCUGGUUUUGUUAAGAGCAAUGGCAAUAGGCAUAUCAACCAUGCGUUGAAAUCAUUACACGAAAUAAAUGAUAUUUUCCCUAGAGAAGACUUCUUUUCGAAAAUAUCAUCUUGCCAUAAAUGUGUUAAUAACAUUGAACCAUUGCACACCACAUAUAUGAAUAGCAAUCGGUGUAAAAGCAGAGUCACCGAAUACAGCAACAACUUUUUUGGAGCGAGCUCGUGUGAUAAAUUGUGUGCUACGAACAAAAAACGAGAAGAGAAGAUUUCCAGCGACUCCAGUAGUACCAUCACUGGAAACAACACGAAUUAUGUGUUCAAAGAGGCGAACAAAUCUAUACCACGAAGGGAGCUAGGUAUCCCGAUAACCAGUAAACUAGAUAGUGGUAAUGGUUUUAAAAAAACCUUACAAAGGCAAAGCGAGAAAAAAGUAUUGCCGUUGACAACAUCAGCGUUACUAACUACAAAUUUCAUAGCUGACAACGUUUGUGGUAUUGCAGCUGGGAAGUCAGCGGAUAUAGCGUCAUCGGCGUUGCGUAUUAACAAACCUUUACAAAAGGGCAGUCAUCACAAGGUUAAAUGUCGUACUGGUAAAUUAUGUCGAAUCCAAUCUAGAGCCAUUCAAACGACAGCGGGCGAUAUGGAAACUGUGCCAGCAAAUGCGAAAGCGACAAUGAAGUUUCCGAAUACAUUACUAAUGUCCGGUAAAAUAUCGUUACGGUCGGCGCCUGCACCUGAGUCAGCUAAGGAGCAAAUAUCGGCGUCUUUAUCAAACACAGCGUUAACACCCACAUCAACAUCGACGGCAGCAUUAGCAUUAUCGACAUUAGCACAAACUUUAUUAGACGUGUCCGUUAUUCCGCAAGCUUGGCACCAAUUUAUGAAACUUCUGCAUAAUUCUAUAUUAGGAUUAACCACUUCAUCCAGAGUGUUAACAACAUGCAUUAGGAUAACAACGAAAAGUACUAGAGUCGUGAGUCAACUAAACAAGACAAGCACAGCAUCCGGAGCAGCACUUACUGCAGCAGGAACCUCGACGGCAACGACACGCUGUAAAGCAGCUGCAAUAGAUAUCUCGUCUGUGCACCCAUCGCGAAGCUCAUUGCGUACGAAAUUCCGGUUGCUCCCUAGUGUGGGUGCAACGUCAUUUUUUACGUUACUGACGCUCAUUUGCCUAGAGACUGUUCUACUCUCCACUGUCUCUAAUUGCGCCAAAACGUUUUAUAUGCAUUGGAAUACAUCCAACAGUAUAUUUCGUAUAGAUAACACAGACCAUAUAAUUGAUGUAAACAAAGGAAAUUUAGCAUUCGAGUUCGAUCAAGUGCAUAUUAUAUGUCCCGUUUAUGAACCUGGCACCUUUGAAAAUGAAACGGAAAAAUAUAUAAUAUACAAUGUGUCAAAAGUGGAGUAUGAGACAUGUCGGAUAACAAAUGCAACUCCGCGAGUUAUAGCGAUUUGUGAUAAACCGCAAAAAUUAAUGUUCUUUACAAUAACGUUCCGGCCAUUUACACCACAGCCAGGAGGUUUGGAGUUCCUUCCUGGAAAUGAUUAUUACUUCAUUUCAACUUCAUCGAAAGACGAUCUUUAUCGACGAAUAGGAGGGCGAUGCUCCACAAAUAAUAUGAAAGUGGUUUUCAAAGUGUGUUGUGCGCCCGAAGAGAAAAACAAAACGUUAGUAAGUACUGGUAGCUCCAGCAGUUCAUCUUCUAGUGGUAGUACCAGCGCUGCCGGUACUGUCAUUGGUAUAAACACGGCUAACGGCAAUGGCCUUGCAACAGGUAUUGAUAAUGCUGCCAAUGUGGAUGUUGUCAGUACUCAGACCAAUAUAAACCAACAUCAGCAUAUGAAUAAUAUAAACACCAUUGGAAUCAACGGUGUUAACACAGGUUUAAUACCAAUCGGAGGUGUUCAUAUUGGCGUCAACAGUGGCGUUGGCGUAAGCAAUGGUGGUAUGCAAAUGAAACCGAUGAAUGGCGGUAGUGGUACAUCUAUCAAUACAAAUAUUGAUCAGUUUAAUCGUAUACCAAUACAAGCUAGCGGCAUUAAUGUUAUGGGAAAUAAUGUUGGUGGACUUGGCGGUAUUGGCCUUGGUGGGCAUGGCGGCGGUGGUAUUAUGCUAACACCAGGAGGUCAAGGAGGCAUAAACAUGAUUGCGAGUGGUGUAGGUAUUGGUAUCGGGCAAUAUCCUGGCCACUCUGGACAGACUGGAAUACGCAUUAACAACGUCGCGUCCCAGCAACAUCAUGCAACGCAUAAGAACAAUAAUAAUAAUGGUAAGGAUACCGGAACAAGUGGUGUUGGUGUUAGUAACGGUGUUAGUGUUGAUGGUGGUGGUGGUGAUGGUGAUAAUGGUGGUACGCUCGUGAAUAUAAAUUUCGGUGAUGCACAGUUUUUGCCACCAUUUAUUAACACAAACCAUAGCAAUAUUGUACAAAGUACAAUUAACUGGCCAGAAUGGGGUAGAAGCGGUCCUAUACAUUCUAAAAAUAAUAAUCUAACAGCAACAACAAGAAACGAUCAUAAUAUAAAUGAACCAAAUAAUAAUUAUUAUUCACCGUCCCAUAGAUCGAUUAACAAUAAAACAAUUAACAAAAACGAUCAUUAUGACAAGCAUCCAAAUGAAGUAGUGAAAAAUGAGGAACUGACCUACAAUAGUGGCGCAGCGUCAUUGAAACCAUGGUCUCUUUGGACGACCAUUAGUACAGCAACAAGUUGGCUUGUCUUCAGAACAACAGGAGGUAUAAGGUUUCUAACGAGAUUUUGCAGCAAUUGUGAAUACGGAGAAAUAUCACAGCCGGCAUCACAUUCACAGAGCGUAUAUAUCCAAAUUAAUGCUAAAGUGUUACAACUUUACAUGCAGUGCUUUGUAAAACUUAAGUAUUUAGUCUUUAAUCACUACGUCUCAAUUAUCUCUAUGAUAGUAAUAGCUGCUACAACUAUAUAUGUUUUACAAUUUGAUAUACAACACACCAUCAUGAAGGACAACGCACCUCAAUUAGAAUUGUCUACCACAACAUGUGGGUCAAAGUCAAGUUUAGCUGCUAAAUAUGUAAUCGCGCCCCAUUUUUUGCUCGACACUUUUAAUUCAGAAGUAAAUCGAAAACGUAUGUAUAUUUCUUUGUCUGCAUCUGUUAAAUCCUUUAGAAGUGAUUCGGUAGGUUUGAUUUCCUUAUUGAAAGACAUAAGUACAUCAUUUAAUGUGUCUACACCUGUGACUAUUUCUGCGUUUAGUUCAAAACAUCCUAUUAAAGUCAGGCGACAAGCAAGCCAGGAUACAUCAAAUACGGGCGUGUUGCAAAAUGCCAGUAUGCCACUGGUCAAAAAUUCCCGCGGUCAAAUCUCUAGCGUUAGUGUAAAAGUGAAAAGAUUUCGGUGAACCUUUCAAGGGAGGUGUUUUUUAAAAACGUACCAUAAGCUUAAAUUAAAGUUAAUAUUUAGAUUUAACUAGCUUCAGCGAUAAACAGGUAAAAUAUAUUAUAAGAAAAGAAAAAAUAUGUUAAAACUACAUAUAACAGUAAUGGUUAAAUGUUCUAAUGUUGUGGAUACAUGGUAACUGUGUUGUAAAUACAUUUGAACCUAAUUCUACCCUAGCUUCACCGCUUGUAUUGUAGGACAAUUAGGAUUUACAUAGAUUACUACCAUUAUAAAAAGGUCUGAAUUUUUUUAACCAAAACAAAAUUUCCCUAAAUAUUUUCUAAACUGAUUUGUAGAAACUACUGACGAUAUAUACUCAAUAUGGCCGCAAAACCUAACCUUGAAGGUAUGAAUCUAUGAAAACAGAAAUGGAUGGGAUCUUGUAAACAAAAUGCCACUGAAGUUCUAUUGUGAGUCCAAAAUUAACUUAGACCGUUACGAUUUUAAACACAAUUAUAAAGAGGAAAUUAUUAGAAAAUUAGCAACAAUUUUGCCCAAAUGAAUUUAACAAUGAGAAAUUUAGUAUUUGGAGCUACAAAUCGAAAUGACUGACAUCAACAGCUUUCCCUAAAAUACUUAUGUCCUAAAAGUAGUAGUUACUCUCCUUCUGUCUUAAAUACAUGUAGUUAGUUUUAUGAUAUUUUACAAACCUUUAUGGCGGCGACUUAACUUGUCGAACGCUUGAACUGUGAUUUUGUGGGUUUUUCAUCUAAAUUUUAAAUAGAUUAGUUAAUAUUUCUGUGUGUAAUAACUUAGUAUGUAUGAAUUACUUAAAGGUUAGGUCGCAAGCUGCAGCUGGAUGCCAUAAAAAAGUUUUAAUUCCAUAUUGCAAACCAUGCUGUAAAAUAAAGGGACUCUAAUUGUGUUCGUGGUGUCAAUUUUAUAUGCAGUUUCAUUAAUCAUAUCCACGGAUGGGCAAAGCCUUAGUAUGUGCUAAAAGAGUAGUGAUCGUUUACGUAUACACACGGAUUGUCUCUAACGUGAUUAUACGAAGAGCGUAAAACGAGCACUUACGAUGGGACAAAGCGUCAGUGAAUUCAGUUUGCAAUUAAAAGUCAAGAAUGAUAGAAUACAAGAUUACGACAAGUAUUUACCGUUCCUAUUUUCGGUUAAGGCUGUGACAAUUGUAACAACAACAAAUUGCAUUAUAUCGCCUCUUGUGACGCAAUUAUUUUGGAAUGAAAAGAAAAAGCAUAGAACAGCAUUUAAAUUGUAAACAAAAAUGUAAACCCUUUUUUAAUUCGUGUGAUGGACGUAAUUUGUAAGUUCAUAGUGAAAAUGUUUUAGUUUAAUCAAUAGAAUAAUGUUACGUGAAAAUAUUUGGUUAAUUUUCAAAUAAAUACAUUUAUCUAUUGACAACAUAAUUAAAUUAAUGAUUAAAAGAGAUUGUGAAUACGUAGGUUAUAUUUAUUUGAAUCUAUGAGUAUAAAUUAAAUUGAUUUUGAAAAAUGAAGUGUGCAGGGGCGAGCUGCAAUAGCUAUUAUGCAACUAUUAAAAACUAGUUUUCCGUUUUAUAUAGAAUAUAAAAGUUUCCAAAAAUUAGUAGUUUUUUGUAGGCGAAAUUAAUUUCAUAAUAAUAAUAAUUUCAAAAUCUAUUCACUAUAAUUUCAUUUAAAUACAGAAGAACUAUUAUUAAUAUAUAUAUAUAAUGGUGUAUAAUAAAAGGAACUAUUGCUGGAUACGUCGCAAUUACAAUCUCUUUUAACAAUUAUGUUGUCAAACAUUAUGCUAUUAAUUUCACUACAACUGUUUCACGAUUUAACAAAAGUGUAUACGUUUUUGUUUACAAUUUACAUGCUAUUAUAUGCUUCUUCGUCUCAUCUCAAAAGAAUUACGUGACAAGAUGGCGGUUGGCGUAAUCUUGUAUUCCAUAAUUCUUGAUCAUAGCUAAAAAAACAAACUUUAAUGAAAUUUGUACGAAUUUUGUUCUAAUGUUAAGAACGUAUACACUAUCACUUGAUUCCCUUUCAGCAAGCAAUUGCGAAUCCCCAAGCUUAUUUGUGCCAUCAGUCGUUCGGAAGAGGCCUAAAAUUGUUUUACCAUCUGAUCAAAUGUGAUCAGAAUCGGAAUGGUACUGUCUUGUGCAGUUUGAUCUCCAAUUAGUGUGUGUUUGGCAGCUGUUUAUGACGCGAAAAUUUGUUUGCCGGUUUUUACCACGAAAAAAAAAUUAACAACGAGUUUGCUGAAAUUUGUGUGUUUCCAAUGGAAGCACGGCUACUUUCAGUGAAGGUCGUCAUCGAAAAUUUGCGUCAUGCGGGUCAUCCGACUUUGUUAAUGACGAUAACAUCGAAAAAGACAAUCGUCGUGUUGGCAUUAGAGAGAUAGCAGAGUAUUUCAACAUCUGUUGUAGAUCAACUCAAUACAUUUUGAUUAAUGGUUUGUGAAGCGUAUCAAGGCCAGACUCGUACCAAAAGGUCUGAAACAUUUUGAAAAACCACGUCGAACAAAGGGCGCAAAAGAAAGACUUGAUAAUGUAGCCAUUCAUCAAACGAAUUAUUAUUAGUGACGAGACGUGAGUUUAUGAAUUUGACGUCGAAACUGUCCAACAAUCUAGCAAAUGGUGCUCCAUAAAUGAGCCAAAACGGAAAGAAAAAAUUUGCUGCAGGCAAUUUGGAUUUAGCAUUGGCAUGCUUCAGGAGCAUAUUUUCAAGACGAUAAUAAAGAUUUGUAUUAAUAUACGUGAAAACUGAUUUUUUUCCAGUCUGGGUCAGUUUUGACUAGAUUGUACAUUUGUCCGGUAACAUCACAAUAUCACAAAUAGGCGAAGAAAGUCGGCCAAUAUAUAAAUAUAUUCAUUUAUGUAUCAGAUGUUGGAAAAGCUAUAGGAAAUAUAAUAGAAUGCAAGUUUUCAGUAAAUCUCUAUUUAUAGCGAAAAUUCAACUAAAUUUCAGAAGACAAUGUAAACAUGAUGAUACUUCAAUAACGAAGAUUUACCAGUUUUUGUAUUUUUUGUAUAAGAGAAAAAAUCCAGACGGGACAUAGGGAAAAUAAGGGAAAUCAUGAACAGAAUAUUUAUUUCGUAUUUGGUUCUAGCUUAGGUGUUUUUGAUGACCUCAUUAAUACAUGUUUUGGCCUGUGUUGGGUGCCGAGCUCCUUGUUUUUGUUUUACAUCAUCAUACUUUCAAAUUGAGUUUUUGGCAAUAUCUACUACAAAAAUUAAUGAAUGUUUUUAUAUUAGCGUCAAAACGCAACUAUUCACGUCGUAAUAUGUAUAUAUCCUAUUGUCCACUAAAGGGAGCAUUUACUUUAAUCCAAUUAAAGAAAGAAAAAAUAUGUAUAAUAUUAUGGCAAAAUAAAAAGAAAGAAAGGAAGUUCCCUGUUAUUUUGUCCAACACUGUAUAUAUCUGUGCCAUUAACUUUCAUCAUUCAUGUAGAUCAGUUUUCUUUCUUCAUCAACAUAACAAAGGGUAUUUUAGUAAUAAGAACCACUAGACAUAGAUAUCUAAUCUAAUAAAUAUUUAGUACGUAUGUAGACUUAGCCAGAUUAAAGUAAGGGGCUAAGUUGAUGUUAUAUCUUCAGAAAAUCUACUUAAAAAAGAUAACAAGCUGUUCACAACAUGUAAAAUUGAAAUACCACUCUGUGGGACUGCGUUUUAUACAAGAGGGACAUCAUCCUGUAUAAUCAGAGUAACUUAUAAUUAUGUAAAACACAAUUUAAUAAAAUGAUAUAUAAUUAAGAAAAUAAUAUACUCUGAAACAUAUUAACAACUAUGCAAAAAUUCGCUUAUGUUCUAACAGCUUUUGUCGGUGAUUUGUCAGUUAUACAGGAAUAUUGUAACUGCUCAAUACGUAUAUAAAUACUUUUUAUAAAAUUUAUAUCACAAAUAUUUUGCCCUUUCGAAACUGUCUUGUAGGUAGAAAUUAAUCGAAAUUACUUUACUAAUUUAAUUUUUUUCCAGAGUUUCAGGGAAAAACCAACAGUUAAUUGUUUAUAAAAAAAAUAUUUCGAUCACGCACUCGUUUUUCAUGUUUUCAAAACUCCGUACAAAUUUUAUUUAAAUCACCAGUUCAAAAACAUAAUUUUGAGAAAACGCAUUUGAAGUUUUACACUCAAUUCACGUAAAUUAAUAUAAAAGCUGCUAGUUCUAGAGCGAUAGAUUUUUUGAAAAUUCUGACUGCCUCUAACCCGUUAAUUGAUGUAAGUCUUACUUAAAACAUAGCAAAAAUCAUGAGAAAUUGAAUACAUAUAUUUCUUUUAACAUGUAAUUUAGUUGUUUUCUUUUUUCAUUUGUUGGGAAACUGCAAUUGUGCUCUUUUGUGUCUCGGCAGUAUUUCGGAACUAGGCAACUUCUUUCCAUAUGAAUUUUUUCACUGUGUCAAUUAUCUCGCAUCGCUCAAAUGGAAGGAGCUAUGUAUAGAUAUUUGAAUAAAAAACAUCAAUUGAAGCAUAACACAAAUUCAAAUUUUACACAAAAUUCGUUUAAUGUUUUAUUUAUUUUACUGCUUUAUUUAUUUAACUGUUUUAUAUAUAUUACUGUUUUAUUUUAUAACUGAUCAAUUCUCAUUUAAAUAUAGUAAGCGAGGAAUCAGAUUCUGUAUACAAAAAUUCUGUGAAAUAUAAACAUUUUCGAUUCAUUGAAACUUCGAAAUUUGCGAAUCGAAUAAAAAACUUGCAUAAAUCAAAAAUACUGCCAUAAUUAAAUAUAUGUAUAUUAAAAAUAUGUUUUACAACAAUCAUACAACCGAAUAACAUAAUAACGUUUGGCACUCACAUGGUGAAAGAUAAAUGGCGAAUCUUUAACGGUCAUAAAUCGCGCUACUAGAUACAAGUAUAUAACAGAACUAAUAUACCUUGUAUUAUCUUAUUGGGUACUUCAGACUAUAUAUUAAUAACGUUAACAAAUUAUGUUUCUUAUAAUUUCUUGGUAAAGGAAUCAAUUUAAAAGUUUACUAACUGAUUGCUAUUAUUCAAAUAGCUGAUGAAAGUCGAUAAUUUGCUUUAUUAUAUAUGCAUAUACUUAAGACUUAUGACAUACAUAUGUUUAUCCGAUUAAAACUUUUAAGUUAAAUACACACAUCAUCUAUUUAUAUACAAACCCGUACUGACAGUAGUUCAUUGUAACGCCAACACAAUUUAGUACAUUGACAUUUAUAAUAUUGAUGGAAUAAGAAUGAAAAAAUCAGAGCAGUAUUAGGUUUUAUAUGAAGCACCCUCGAGUAGGGUAAGAAUGAUAUAAUUAAAAAUGGUGAUUCAUGCAGUUGCCGUUGUCUUCACAUUGUAUUGUAAUAAAAAUGGUUGCCGAGUUACCAAUAAUUAUAUAAUAGAUACAGGUGUUUUUCUUUGACGUCGUUGGCAGUCUAAUGACCAAGUUUGAAACACUUAUACAAGUAUAAAUAUUUUAUUUUAUCGAUAAGUAUAUAACAUAGAUAUUUACUUAAUCAUAUGUGCAUGUGAAACUUUCUCACAUUUUGUGCGCAUAAAUACAUACAGUCGGCGUCAUAAGUAUACAAAAAAUGUUUGUUUGAAAAUAUUUUUUUUUAAUUAAUAAUUUAUUGCGUUACAAUUUUAUUAUUAUUUUUAUUAGUUCUAUACUGGGCUCAGCGUAAAAUGGUGAAGGAUUUACUGUGUAAUAUUUAAUUCUUUUUUGUGCAAUGUCAUAACAAGUCGAAUAUCCCCGGCGAUUAAGAACCUCUACCAAGCGGUUUUUCAUUGAACAUGUGGUUUCGUAUGAAUGUAGUUGUUCCGGUGCGUUAUAAAGCAAGCAAAGGCUCAGAAUUUCUGCUGUGUGCUCGGGAAAUAUUAUCGUGUUGAAAAGAAUACCCAUUUGUCAAACCCAAACUUUUUUUUGUGCUGCUCUACUAUGAAAACCUGUCUUUUUCAAAAUUCUUCGCGCAGUAACUACAGAAAUGUUUUCGCAAAUCUUCCCUCUACAUCACGUGCAAUCGAUAAUGUAGUUAGUUGUGUAUUUCUCUUAAAAGCAUUCAAUAUUGAGCGGCUUCCACUGACGGCUAGUUCGGUAAGCGACCAGAUUGAGUUUUUGACGUAAUAAUUCCUUUAGAUUUGAUGUUUGUUAGCACGGUAUAGACUUAACAGUACGAUGUUCCAAUUAAAAUCCCAAUUCCGCGGCUUGAUUUUCUUUCCUGCCAAAAUUUAAUAAUAAAGUUUCAUUCGUCGACAUUAAUUUCUUUUCGAUUAGACACCAUCGCUAAUUUAACGGCAGUUUUAUAAAAACUAAGUUUUUUAUUGCACUUUUUUGACUUGUUUUGUAGACUUUUAAUCGCUUCGACAGUUACAUUAAAAAAUAAAAGUACCGUUAUCUCGCUUAUUUGCCACCAUCGUAUAAGAUUAAUAAAAUUUUAAUUCAAUGAAGUAUUUACUUAAAAAAAUAUUUUCUCACAACAAUUUUUGUAUAAGCUGCUUGUAGACUUAUGACUUCGACUGUAUGUAGCAUUGCAUACAGUAAAUAGAAAAGUAGAACAUUUUUUUUUUAUUAACUUAAGCAAUUUAGAACGAUUUGGGUUGAGCAUGAUGAAGCAACGCUAAAACUUUGAGAAUCGGCAAUGAUUGUUACUUUAUAAGUGAAUGGGGCAGACAGUUUAUUGUCAAUUUUUGCGUAAACAUAGUAAGUCUAAAGAGAUGGGAGAAGACGGUGCUUGAUAAUCUAGGUAUUUGAGGCAAAAUAAUAGUAAGAAACUGUUAAAAGUUGUAAAGUUCUAAACAGGGCUAAAAAUCAGCUAUACAAUGGUUCCCUUUUGAUUUCGUUCCUGAUUUAAAUGUGAACGCAAAAUUGUACUGCGAAUAGCAAACAAAAUUGCUAUAAUACAAACUUAUGAAAUUUAUAUAUGUAAAAAGAAAGUAUAGCAAGGAAUCCCGUAGUUAUUGUAUAUAUUUUUUAAAUAUUAUGGCAAAACCAUAGUUAUAUAUAUUGUUUAAGGAAUUUAAUUUAAAUAUCUAUAUAUAUAUAUAUAUAUAUAUGAGUUAGACUGAAGCUAUGAGUAUAUAUGAGUUAGACUGAAGCUUUUGUUUUAUUAAAAUUUCGAAACCUUAGGUGUUUCUUUUGCAUAUCCAUUAUAUUAUUAUAUCAUAUACCAUAUAUAUCUUUUUGUCAAUAAGAAAUUAUAUAAAUUACAGUUUUUGUAUUAAGAAUAUAACCUUUCUUUAACUUAAGACCAUUGAGCGGCGAUCAUGCAAAAAUACAAAGGAAAUAUCAAAUUCAUUUUAUCACAACCUGAAUAGUGGUGGUGUGACAAAGCAGCAUUGUAGAUACUUCUAAAAAACAGAUCAACUGUUUAAAGCCUGCAUAAUCAUACAAUUACGCAAUUGUAAAUGAAAACCGUAUAGCUAGACACUAACGUUACUUGCUAAUUUUAAUGAAUGUCAAAACUAUGCUCUCAGUGUUCUGACCUAAUAAAUUAUGUAGAUGUUUUUUCAAAUCACAGUCAUAACACAUAAACUAUGGGAAAACCAGGAACACUGCGCAGUUGAAAAAUUAAACAUUCCUAUUGUUGGCUUUAUAACCAGUCGAAUUCUUAAUUGUAAUUUAGUAUAGACAAAAAAAAAAAAAAAACAAGGAAACAAAUUAAUUAUAAAUUUGAGAUAAUUGUUUGAUAUAUGUUUACUUUGAAUUCAAGUUUGAAAUCACAGUAAAUUAUCACUAAAUGAAAGUAUUACAUAUAAAUAUAUUUCAAUGGUGUGAUAGUUAAGAAUUAUUUGUUUGGAUUUUAAGAUCACCGAAAAUUAAUAAAAAUUAUCAAUAUUUUGUUGCAAUUGUGAAAUGUAUAAUAAUUUAGGGUCGUAUGAAAUUUUAAUAUAAAAUACUAACUGUUUAAUCAAAAGUCUCAUUAUUUUUUCAAGCAGUAAUGCGAGCUAUGAAACAAAACCACAGAAAGCAAAAGAAAAAAUUGCAACGGUGUCGAACAUUGGUUUUCAAUAUUUUUUAUUUAUUAUAUAUUUUAUUUGAGUAAAAAUAAUUUGACUUUUUAUUUGCUUUAAUUCUUUACCCAGUUUUUAGUUUCUGUAAUAAGGAAAUAUCAGCUCUCCACGGGAAUAUUUAAAAUUGAAAACAUACAUACAUAUGGGUAUAUAUAUACAUAUAUAUUCAAGUGAGUACUCACUUACUAUAUACAUACAGCUGUAACUGACAAACAUGACUCAACAUCGUUAUUUGACACGGGAGUUCGUUUAAAUCCAGACAUUCUAACACAAUAAUAAAUACAAUAUAAAAUAUGUUAUUGUAUUAAGAAUGGCAAUAAAAAUGUAUGCAACCUUUUGUAUUAGAGGUUGUUGGCAUUGUUGUUGUUGUAGCGACAGAAAACAUCCCUGUAGUGAUUUCGAGGAAUGGUGCCGUGUUAUAUUAGAGGUGUUUUUAUUUAGUCAGCGAUUCUUUUGCAAACACUGAGACUUCCAAUUACCGCUGGUGAUAGUUUGGGACAGCAUCUAUUUAAUUUGAUUUUUACAUAUAAAAUGUGUUAAAUUCUGCUUUACAUGGCUAGCUAACAUUAUACAAAAAAAUGGAUUGGUAUCUAAAAUUGUGAAUUUUUUGUGCUUAUAAUUUUUUGAAGAGAAAUAGGCAUUAAUUUAGUGAACAAAUUAAAAGAUUUUCAAUGGAAAUAAAAAUACCUGUUAUCUGCAACACAUACAUGUGUUAAAAUACGUUUAUAGGUACAUUUAUAUAAACGAUAGGCAUGCAUAAAUGUAUAAUAAAUUGUAAAACUUAUGAACAUACAACUUGCUUUAAUUCAUUUGCUUAAGAUACAGAAAUAUGGUUCGGAAAUCAUUAUUAAAAUAAGGAAUAAUUCAUUGAAAUUUCAUUUAACAACAGCCAUUAAUAUAUACUAAUCGUUGAUGAAGUAUAUUACGCGAUUAGUCCAAAUUAAAAAAAAAUAAUAAUUACUAAAUAAUCAAUAUACUUAACAUAAUUAUGAAACUAUAACAUAUGAAUUUAGCAAUGAAACAAUGAGGAAACUAGAAUGGUCAAAACAUUAUAACAUAAAUAAAACAAAAAUUUAUAGAACGUAAUAAUUCAAAAUACUUAUACACAUAUAAACUUAAAAUUGUACAGAGUUUUGAAUCAAAUUAAUUUAAAAGUCUAAUUAGGAAGCAACAUCCAGUUCGAGAAAUAAAUAUGAAAAAGAAAUUAAAAUAGGAGCAUUCAUAGUAUUAAGUUUAACUCAUGAAUAUAAAUGAUUGUUACGUAAGCAGAUAAUAAAGGAAAUACAUUUUGGCAGAAAA